UGACAGCCACACUGGCCAGGGAGGCUUUUGUUCCUGCCGCGGCGGGAUGCUGGCCUCGGCGGGGCGCCCCUGUGCCGCCCGGGGCGUGGGCCGCGUGGGGGUGUGCUGGCUCGGGGGCGGGGAGAAGGGAGGCUGGGUCCAGGAGAGAGGCUGGCCUGGGAUUCAGGGACAAGGGAGGCUGGGCCCAAGAGGGAUGCUGGCUUGAGGUUCAGGGACAAGGGAGGCUGACCUGGGAUGCCUGCCUAGGGUUUAGGGACAAGGCAGGCUGGCCUGGGGUUCAGGGACAAGGCAGGCUGGCCUAGGGUUCAGGGACAAGGCAGGCUGGCCUGGGGUUCAGGGACAAGGCAGGCUGGCCUGGGGUUCAGGGACAAGGCAGGCUGGCCUGGGGUUCAGGGACAAGGCAGGCUGGCCUGGGGUUCAGGGACAAGGCAGGCUGGCCUGGGGUUCAGGGACAAGGCAGGCUGGCCUGGGGUUCAGAGACAAGACAGGCAGGCCUGAGGUUCAGGGACAAGGGAGGCUGGGCCCAGGAGGGAUGCUUCAGCCUUGACCCAGCCUCCUGCCAUCCAGGGAUAGACUUCAGCAUGUCAAUGAUGCCACUGUGUAUUGAUAAUACCCAAGGGCAGCAGCCACCUUGUGUGUUGUCUCAGCAAAGGCAUUCAUAUUGAUGUUUUCAGUGAUGGGUGACGAGUGGAGCAUCAAGAGCCUCAGCCAGACCAUAGAGGACGAUGAGGAGGAGGACCUGAUGCCCACCGCCCCCGCCCAGGAGGAUAUUGACAUGACCGGCCCCUCCCAGGACAGCACCUCCCUCUUGGCUGACACUCAUGGCCCUGGCCGCAGGAAGGUGCCACAGACACUAUCCUUAGGCCUACCCGAAGACCCUGAGAGCGAGUCCCUGCCGUUCCUGCCCCUGGAGUGGGAGCCACAGUUUCCCGUCACCCCGGCCCAGGAGAAUGGUCAUUCCCCGGUGGACAGGUUCCUCAAGGGCCGCGUCGACUCCCCUACAGAGGACCGGGACUUUGACAUGACCCUCAACAGCUGCAACGGCCAGGGUGAGCCCCUCCCAGGGUGCUCGGCCAUCUGGGCCACCAGAUCCACAAGCGAGGCUGGGGCCAUGCGGCGGGCAACCAGCGGAAACGGAACAGGCGACGGCAACUCCAGCGCCAGCAGCCGAGAGAAGGAGGGGGAGGAUGUGAGGCAGCAGGCGAGGGAAGGGGCGACGGGGCCAGCUGCAGGAGGGGAGGAGGGUGCAGGGGGUGGCGGCAGGGAGCAGGGGGGAGGCGACCAGGGCAAGGGAGGGGACAAGGACAGCAAGAUGGAGGUUGAGGAGGAGGAGAACAGCCAUGAGCCCUCCAGUGACUCCAGUGAAGGGGUUGGUGUGGCCGGCCCCAGCAGAGAGCCACAACCACCCCCACCACAGCCCCAGAUAGGAGUCACUAUGGCCUCUGAGAGUGGUCGGGAGAAGGUUGUCCCCUCGCAGGAUGACCUCUUUGCCAGUCAAGAGGCAGAGCUCCCCCUUCACCCACUGCCCAGGGAGCCCUUCCAACCACCAGUGGUGACCCCUGAGGGCCUGGCCAUGACCCCUGCCACCACCAUGCCCAUCCUCCAUCUGUCCCAGGAGAAGGAGGAGACACAGGAGAGUCUGCCCUCACACUCCCCGCCCAGGAUACUUCCCGACACUCCGUCCCGCCCUGAUGCAGAAGCAGCUCCCCCUGGCAGUCCGCACAUCCAGCUGUCACCACUCAAGAGGAAGAGGAAUGACUCGGAAACCCCCACCUCAGACUCCGACAUGGCCCAGGUGCCCCUCAAGCAGCGCAGGACAGAGCCGCCGACACUGACCUCCAGCAGCGAGUCCGGGGAGGAGCCAGUCAGUGUGGGCUACAAGGCACUCACCAGGAAGGACGUGGAGAUCAGCCCCAAGCAACUCCAGCCCCUCAGACCCCCCAGACCGCCCCCCACACACACGGGCAUCGCCAAGUCCCUCACCUUCCAGACCAGCGGCAGCAGCGGUGAGGACCCGUGCGAGGGGCCCCACAGGAUGCCAGUGGACACAGAGGCGGAGGAGAGCAGCAGCGGCAAGGAAGUCGGAGGGAAGUCUGACGCAGCGGAGGAGGGGAAGGCAGACGUCAAGCUGGCCAUUAGGUCACUGCCCAUGCCAGUGAGGAUGCACGCCUCACCAGGGGGGGAGAGCGAGUCCCACAGCUCCGAGAGGGACGACAGCGACAUAGAGAUCCUGGAGGCCGACCCCAAGAACCGCAGCGUGGAGGUGGUGUAUGAGAAGCCCCGGGGGGAACAGCUGUCCCUGGAGGAGGACGGCCUGGACUCACAGGAGCUGAGGCUGGUGCUGGACUCCUCCACCCAGCCAGACCCUCUGUUCCAGGAGUCCCCCGGCCAGAGGUUCACCCAGGAGUCCGAGCCACUGCUGCACCUGUCGGGGUCAGAGCCGCUGGAGGGUCUGGAGCACACCCCCACGCACUCCCCUGCCAAGGAGACACCCUCACAGGGGGAAACCAUGCCGGCCACAGAGAUGGAGAACAUAUGCAAGCCUGCCAGCCACACCCAGCCAGACAUUGAUGCCCUCAUCAACCUUCCCCUGCAGGAGCCCCAGAGGGAAGGCAGGGAGAGGGAGGGCAGCCAGGCAGCCCCAGAGACCACCAAGGAGACGAGCAGCCAGCACGGCGCGGAGACUCAGAGUCAGGAAGUCAUGCCUCCCCCUCCCCCCUCCCAAGGCUCCCCGUCCUCGCAGGCAUCAGUGAGGCUGCACAUGCCCAACAUCUCCACGCCUUCCUCCCAGGAGUGCCAACACCUGCCGGAGAGCGAGUCAGUGUUCAUCAAGGUGUCCAAGGCCGCCAACAGGAAGGUCAACCAGGAGGACCCGCCCCCCACAGACACAAGGAAGGAAGAGAAACACUCCAGCCCCCAGCUGGCGACAGACUCCCCCAGCCUGGACACCCUGGCAGGAGACAAGGAGGAGGCCCACCAGCAGCCUGCCGCGGAGACCUCCACGGGGCAGACCAGCGAGGCGGAGAGUCUCUCCACCUCCUCCCUCCCUGUGUCCCUUCUAACCCCCUCCCAGUCCACCCCUGUCACGGACCGGCCCGCAUGCCUGUCGCAGGUCCCUUCACUGCUCAGCUCCGGCAGGAAGGACGCUCAGCACGGCCUCAGCUCGGUGGAAGGCUCGCCUCAGUUUCUGGUGGAGGAGACGGACAGUGAGGACGAGGACACGCUGCACCGCAAGCGCAAAAAGCUGCGUCCCCCGGCGGCCAAGGUGCAGCUGGCCAAGAGGAUCUCUCAGGCAGUGGCCAAGGAGGGCCAGCAGGUGAAGACCUCCACACCCAACACCAGCCAGGGCCCCAGCCCAGCCGCCUUCAAAGAGGCUGGCAGCUCCAUCGACAAGGACUCUUCCAAGUCCCACACGGCCUCCCCCGAGGAGGAGGCGCAUGGCAGCAAGGUCGUCACCUUCAAGUCCCGGCAGCAGGAGGAGAGCACACAGGCCAUGGAGGUGCAGGCACCCUUCACCAGUCUGCUGGACGUGGUGCGGGCGGGCUUCAGGGAGAGCCGCACACUGGCGCCGGCCGUGGAGUACAUCCACCCCAUCACCGAGGAGCGGCUGGUGGUGGUGCGCGACGGCAGCCAGGUGCUGGUGUGCUCGGUGCUCAGCGUCUUCCACGGCUCCAGCAGCAGCAGCAGCAGUGGCAGCCGCAGGGUCUCCGAGGCCAGCAGUCUUUCCAACACCACCAGCUCCUCCGGCUACCUGGGGGACAAGAGCUCCUCAUCCUCAUCCUCGUCCUCUCUCGGCCACUCACGCCGCAUCUCUGCCGUCUCCAGCGUGGAGUCCAGCCGGCUGUCCAUAGGCAGCGUGGUCACCCUGCCCUCCCCCCCCAGGCAGGCCAAGGAUGCGGGCUUUCUGGUGCCUGGUGCCCCGGGCCACUCCUCCCCCCCCACCAUAGAAGUGAUGGAGGAGGUGAACAUCGCCUCGCCCCCCAGGAAGGCCGCUGCCCCAUGCAGCAGUGACGAAACUCCCAGCACCCCAAGCAGACGAGGACGGGGCAGGGCUCGGGGCCGCUCCAGGGGCAGGGAGGCCAGCCGGGGGACACCAAGGAGGGGUCGGGGCCGGGGGCGAGGAAGGGGGCGGGGCAGGGGUGCAGCACCCAGACAUUCUGAUGACUCAGACUCUGACGCCCCAGAGGACACCAAAGACUCACCAGCCAACAGUCCCCCACCCAGCCCCCAGUCCCAGCCCAGCCCCUCAGCCCUGGAGGGGCUGCCAGCCACCGUGUCGGACCUGCUGAGGUCGCUGCCACCAGGAGUGUGGCGCAUGCUGGAGGCCUCGCAGGCACCCCUCUCCGAGGAGGAGGAGGAGGCGUUUGUGGGCCGCGCUGGGGCUGACGCGGAGCAACAACUGGACCACAUCCUGAGGCGUGUGCGCGAGGUGGAGCUGGAGCCGGGCCUGCUGGUGUUUGCACGCUUCACCGACAACAACUUCUACUCAGCGGUGCUGCGGGGCCGCCACGAGGCCGACCGCUGGCACGUGCAGUUCACGCUGGACCAGCACGAGACAUCAGUGCGGGAGGUGUACCUGCUGCCCACCGCCCUGCUGCCCCGCGGCCAGGCCUGCUACGUGCGGCCCCAAUCCGAUGUGGAGGACUACAGCGACAUGGGCGUGGUCAAGGGACACAUCAGGGUGGGCGGCACCAUCCUGCACAUCGUGGAGACAGACCGCGGUGCCACCCUGCGCGUGCCACACUCCCACCUACUCCUCAACAGUGCGCAGGCCCACACCAUGCUGCAGGCCAGGCUCAAUUUCCGCUCCAUGGUCGCCUCGCCCGGCCGGGAGGUUUCUCUGGACAACAUCGUGGCAGGGCGGCGGCGGCGGCUGCAGCAUGGCCGCCAGUUCUACUCACCGCGCUCCAAGAAGGCCGAUGACAACCUGGACACAAGCGAGGCCACGGCGGGGGACUCCGACGACGCCCGGAUGUUUGGGACAGCGAGGACCAUGGCCAAUGCCAGGAGGGCCGCCCAGGGACGCAGACUCUACGACUUGCCAGAGGAGGAGGACCUGGACCCUGAAGUCACCCCUAAGAAGAGGAGUGGCGCCAUGACUCCCAGAGGCUCCCGCACCCCACGUGGCACCCCCAGACACCGCGGCACAAGCAGGCAGGAAGAGCCGGCACCCCAGGUAUCAGACACACCAGUGCCAACUCCCCCAAAGAAGCGCGGUCGGCCCCCAAGUCAGUCCACCACCACACAGACGCCCACCAAGUCCAUCCAACUGGACGAUAUCCCCGAGGACCCACGCCUUGGACCUCUGCCGCCUGAGGGGUCCACAAUAUUCAAGGGGUUCACCAUCCUCAUGACCAGUGGGGACACCAGCAUCUGCAAGAACCAGAACUUGGAUAUUGAAAACCUCCCACCAUUCAACCGUGAGUACAUGGUGGCCCAGGUUCUCCGAGGGGGCGGCAACGUCCUGAGCAAGUACUCAGAGGCAGAGAUCAUUCUGGCAGAGCAGGGCAGCAGCACCGCCACCGGGAAGACGCCCCAGAAGAUGAAGAAGAAAGCCAGCAGCCCCACCCCCACCACCCUCCUCCUCAUCUCCAACACCCACUGCCGCACCUCAAAGUAUAUCCAGUGCCUGGCCUCCGGGGUGCCCAUCGUCUCCUUCCAGUGGGUCAUCAACUGCUGUCGGGAGAACAAGACCCUGCCGUGGAGGAUGUUUCUUCUGCCUGCUGGGGAGCUGGAGUCUGGGGAGGUGUGUGAGCAGGAUCUCCUGGAGGAGGACGGAGGGGUGCUGCGGAGAUGCCUCUUGGCAGGGCAGCGCAUCUUCCUGGGCUCGUCAGGCAACCACGAGUUCUGUCCCCUGUGGCACCCCCUCCUGGACUCUGCUGGCGCCAAAGUUAGAGUCAGGCCCAGAACAGGCAACCUCAACCGUGUGCUGGACAAGAGUAUGACGCUGGUGGUGGGUGAUGCCAGCUUGCCGGAGGACGAGGAGCAGAGGGCCAGACAGCUUGGCCUCCCGGUGGUCUCGACGGAGUGGGUCAUCCAGUCACUGAUACAAGGCACCCAACUAUCCCACCAGUCAUUCCUGCGGCCACUCGGAGCAGACAUCAGAGUGGAGAAGUAGGCCGUAGUUUAAGAGAUGGGAAGCACACUGGUGGACUAAACUGACGCUCCACCUAACCCUAAACUCACCCUGGUCGCCUCCACAUUUGAGAUGAGUCAGGAGGGGAGUGGAGAAGGGAGUGGACUCAUACCUUACUCUGAACUCACUGUGACUUGGUGAUCCCUCUCCAUGCAGUAAUUCUCCUCUGCUGUCCCUUCCUCACCCUCUUUCUCUUGCAUGUGAAGGGCUUCCAAGGGACACUUAAGUUCAGGGUAAGGGGGAUCACUGUAUCUCUGCAUCUGCUGUACAUUAUUAAAAGCCAAGCUUGGGGUGGGCGAGCGCGGGACUUCUCGACGCCUCUCCUCGAGCACGGAGACAAGACCUUUUAUGUGUGUAGAGAGCUAAAGCCGUAAGGAGUUUUUAUGAUCACUUCCAUGUGGACUGUAACCAUUGCACCACAAUCCCGCCUCAGUGUAGUGUUCUGUAUAAAGCUUGUUGUCACGGUAGACUUUGGUAGGCAGCGAGUAGGAGGUGAGUCAUAUCAUUCGAGUUUUACCGUCACACUAACGUAACGCCACUCUUGUUUUGGACUCCGGGCCUCCGUCGGCCGUCCCUGGGAGGACUCGAGGGGAACGAUGGCUUGAGGAGGCUCACAGAUAUCUCCCCAUUGAUAUUUUUAUUACUUUGGAGUUGAACGUGCACAUGAUUGUGACCUAGUACAAUUCAGGGUUGGCAAGAUGCGCCGCCCUACGCCUCACACCAGCGCCUCUGUCAAAGAUGGCCCCACCAGACGUCAGCGGCUGCCCUACACACACCAUUCCUUAGGCAGUGCCAUAACACACUACCGGAAUAUACUUCCAGCCACAUGUGAAAAAGAAUGCAAUCAAAUAUAUGUUUUCCUUGAUAUAAUUGAUUGAUCGUCGCCAAAUAUCCUAAUGCAGCUGCCCACUUAAUGAAGAGUUUGAGGUGAAUGAGCCGAGUGUUGGUGCAGGGUGGGCAGGUCUUUGACAGACUCGCUGGGAGGGACAAUGACAGGAUAACUAAACUUGACACGAGCCAUGGCCCCGUAGCGUUGGUGGCCGGCCAAGGCAAGGCACCUCAUGGCCAGCCCUUGGCACCAGUGUGGCGGCCCAGUGCUCGCUAUGGCCGCUGGCACCGUGGAGAGGUAGAAACAAGGCCUCCUCAAAGUUUUUACAAAUCAGCAAGUUUUUUUUAUUCUUUUUUAAGUGCUGUUUGCUGUGUGUGUGUGCAUGUGUGUGUGUGUGUGUGUGUGUACAUAGGACCCCUGCAAGGAUGAGGAGUCUGGCAUGUGGUAAGUCAAGCUGUUAUGACCACAAAGUGAGUCUCUUGUUACCAUAUGUCACAAGCUUUAAGCACUCAGUCUGCAGCAGCGGGGCAGCCAGGAGGGAGGGGGGGAAAGAGGGAGAGGGAAGGAAGGCACUGACAUUGUUUAUUAUGCGUUCAAAACAUUUUAUUGUCAUGGACAGGAAGGAGUUUGUCUGACAUAUUUUUAUCUCAUUUUAAGUUCUUACAUUCUUAGUUACUCUUACUUGUGUCUGCCUCAGCUCCAGUGUGCCAUUUGCUGUGAAGGAAGAUGUUAAGUUAGUAUGGACAGAAGGAAGAGUCAUAUAUGUGUGUUUUAAGCCAUGGUUUGAUCAGUGAGGCACUGGCAUUCUUACAUUCCAGGCAUAGUUGAGGGCGGAGAGACACCAAUCCAGCCUAUUCUGAGCAUAUGACCUGGUAGGCCUAUCCACACACCAUAUGACAUGGGAAGGAGGGAGAGAUAAGUGUAGGAUGAGAAUGGAGGGAGAGAGAAGUGGUGUUAGAAGGAAAGGAACGGAGAGAAAAGGAUGUUAGAGGGAGAGAAAGGGAUGUUAGAGGGAGAGGAAGGGAGAGAGAGAGAAAGGGGAGUGCUGGAGAGAUUGGUUUAACACAUCACUAGGGAGAGGAAGGGAGGGAGAGUGGGGAUGCUGGAGGGAAGAGGAAGGGAGAGAGAACUGCUGGAGGGAGAGGAAAGGAGAGAGAGAGAGGGAGAUAAAACUUACUGUGUGGCUAGGUUCUGCCAAGUCAAGUUCCCAGGAAGAUGGAUGGAUUUCUUUGCCCACAUCUAAAUUCUAACUGAACUCCUAUUAUUAUUUCCCUUCCUACAACUUGCCCACUUUGCUUUGUAUGCUCAGAGGAAGUGUUUGGCAUUUGUGAUACAUUGGCCAUCAUGAUAUGUGUGAUUUGUAAGCUUUUUGUGGCAGGAAUUGGGAGUUUUGUAUAUUAUUUCAGAUGUUAUGUUGAUAUUGGGUAAGGGUAUGUGUGUUCAUGUGUGUGUGUGUGUGUGUGUGUGAGAGAGAGAGAGAGGGGGGGGGGGGGAGAGAGGGAGAGAGUUCCGGCUGCCUGCCUACGCUCAACUGUUCUCCUUCUGUAAUAUAAUUUAAGAUACUCAUUAACAAGUUUUGUAUUUAUUUAUCAUAGGCAUUGUUACGUCAUAGCUUACUUACCACUCCCUGUGUGGACUGUGGAGUUUGUUACGUUAUGUCUUCGUUUGUUUUACGCAGAUACUGUCCCUGGUAGCCUCGUUUUGAAGUGUUUCAGCAGGGGAGUGUGUGUGUGUGUGGGGGGUGGGUGAGGGGAGGCUGGGCUGGACUCAAACGAACCACAAGCAAUACAGGGACGACUUUUACGAGGGAAAAUUUAUAACAGGAAUCUUAGGAGGUUGGUUUUCAAGGGGGCUACUACUACUACUCCUACUACCCCUACUACUACUGCUACUACUCUUUCUGCUUAAAUUUCUUCCUCAGUUACCCUUAUAAUUGUAGUCUUGGGAGGGCCAUCUUCUACGUAACGCUGACUUCUGGGACAGGAUGUCAUUUCUCUCAGUCUAAGUUUGCGCUAUCUGUUCUUGGCUCACGUAUGUUUAUGUCGACUGUUGAUGUACUCUGGGUUUUCAUUGCUGUUAAGUUUACUGAGGAGCUUGUGUCUCAAAGGAGUGUGUGGUGUGGUCGUUGUGGUUGCUUUUGUGUCGGCAGUGAUCUUGCCUGAGUGAUGUGUUGACGGUCCUGGUGGCCUGAGGUGUGUGUGUGUGUGUGUGUGUGUGUGUGUGUGUGUGUGUGUGUGUGUGUGUGUGUGUGUGUGUGGCCAUGACGCCGGGAAGUGGUCCACACCCUCGCCAUGUUUCCAGUGUUGGUGUGAUCGAAAACCUGCCGGUAUAAUACUCAACAGAUUUCAUAUAAAGUUACAGAAUGCCUAUUUACUAAACCCUCUUUUUAAUGAAGACUGUUUAUCAAACUAUUAUUGAUCUACAGACAGUUUUUAUUUAGAAUUUUGUAUGAUCCUUUUUUAUCUCAUUGAAUUUUUUUAAAAGUUAAUUCCUAUUUCAUAAAACUAUUAAUAAGUAUGGACAAUGUCUUACUUUUAUCUGAUGCAGUGAAUUGUGACUGUAAAUCCUUUGAUAUAUAUGGAACUUUUGAACAUAACAAUAUGGUUUUACAUUUUGCCGAAGAGAGAACUUGCAUCACUCAUGUGAGGGGAAAUAUUCUGUGAUUACAUAUCAUUGGUGGCCACCCAAGCCCUGCCCUGCUGACGGAAGAGUAUGUGUGUGUUUGUGUGUGUUGACCCCUGGCUGUGUGUGUGGCAGUGUCCCUCCUCACCCCUGGCUGUGUGUGGCAGUGUCCUCCCCACCCCUGGCCCCUACACAGCAGACAGCAGCAGUCAUGCAUUUAACUCAUUUCCCCAAUCCCAGAACCGUGCAGUCACAAAAAAGCAAAAAAAAUGUACUGUAGGUUAAGGUUUUAUUAGCAAUGUGUGAGGGUAUGAUAGAAGAAUUAUGUGCAUGGUGGUGUGUGUGCGUGUGUGUGUGUGUAUAUGCGCUGCAUCAUAUGCAAAUUAUUUUCUACCCAGUUUUGUCAAAUCUUGGAGUAAAAAGCACAAACACCCAAAGACAACAAGUUAGUGUCCUCUUAAACUUGUACAUCACCCGUUCCCCCCCCUCCCCCACCACAACCACACCUAUGAAGACUCUGAAGCUUGUACCAUUAAGCCUCACGCCCUGUACAACACCUCCCUCACACCCAAGACAAUACCCAACCAAGACAGUACCCACCCUGUACGACCCUUCUCCUCACACCCAAGACAGUACCCACCCUGUACGACCCCGAAAGACAGUCUCCAACCCUGUACAACCCCUCCCCUCAUACUCAAGACUGUACCCACCUUGUACAACCCCCACAGACAGUACCCCACCCUGUACAACCCCUACAGACAUUGUACAAUUCCCACAGACAGUACCCCACCCUGUACAACCCCUACAGACAGUCUCCUGCCCUGUACAACCCUUCCACUCACACCCAAGACAGCCCUGUGCAACCCUUUCCUCACACCUGGAAACAUUCAUAGUCUGUGCCAUAAAUGUCAAACAGCAA